CUCCAAAGCGCGGAGUCUGAAACCAGCCGCGGCGUCGACGCGUGUUGCAGGUCGCCGCCUCCACGGAAGCGGUCAGUUCCUCCAGCGCAACCGCGUGAGCCACUCGUCUGCUGGAAGAGGACCCUGGUUGCCUUCCGGAGAAAAGAGUCGCGAGGCGGAAGAUGUCGGUGCAAGGCAGGGAGGACGUGCGGCACAUCAGGGAGUGGCUGAAGCAUCAGCCACACCUGCCGCAGAUCACGGACGAGAAAAUAAUGCUCUUCCUGCACAGCUGCCAUUACAGCCUCGAGAGAACGAAGAGCACCAUUGACACGUACUUCUCGCUCAAAACAACAGCGCCGGAAUUCUUUAGCGAAAGAAAUCCUGAGAACGAAGAAUUGAGGCGAACUGCCAAGAUCAUACAAGUCAGCCCGCUCCCACAGAAGACUCCAGAAGGCUACCGGAUAAUUUUCGGGCGGCUGCUCAACACAGACCCUAGCCAGUUCGAUCUUGCUUCUGCCAUCAAGUACCUGUUUAUGGUCAUCGACGCAGUGCUUAAGGAAGAUGGUCUGAUCCCUGGUUUUAUAAUUGUUUACGAUAUGACGGGUGUCUCCCUCGGUCAUCUGACGCGGAUCAACAUCGCAACAGUGAAGAAGUACUUCAUGUAUGUUCAGGAAGCAAUUCCACUGCGUAGGAGAGGAAUCCACGUAAUAAAUGUGAAUUCUGUCAUCACCAGUAUUAUGAGUAUAAUUAAGCCGUUUAUGAGUCAGGAGCAUAUGCAGGCGCUACAUUUUCACACAUCGAACAACUUCGAAGAAUUUUACAAGCAUGUACCACAAAGAUUAUUGCCAAAGGACUUUAAUGGAGAAAUGACCUCCUGUGAUUCCCUUCACAGUGAAACAAUAAAAAAACUAGAAAGCUACAAGGAUUGGUUCCACGACGAAGAGGCCCUAAAGUCAGAUGAAAGUAAACGUGACAUCAGGAGUGUGAAUUUGAAUAACGGCUACAGUACAAUUGGGUCAUUCAAAAAAUUAAAUAUAGACUGAAAUAUACAGCUUACAUGAAUUAUGCGCAGCUUCUGACUGCACUCUGCUAUAUUGCGUACUUUCGUAACAAAAGCUUCUUUGUAUCCAGAAUGAAAAUUCUUUGUACAUUACAACAUGACUCAAUGGAAUUUAUUGACAGAAAAACUGCAAUCAUUCAUCAUUGUUUCUCA